UUCACACACUGUCAGUGAGGAAUAAACAAAUACCGAAACCAAAAAUGAAGGAACAAACAGAAACCCAAAAACCCCUCUAACACGAUCAUUCAUUUUUAUUUUAUUUUUAUGAUAUUUUCAUUGAACAAGAAUAAAAAAAUUUCAAAAUAAAUGGGAAGCGAAGUAGAAGAAGAACAUGAACAAAAACAGAAAAAUUGGAUGAUACCGCCCCCAACUGACCGACCAGUUCGUGUAUAUGCAGACGGCAUUUAUGACCUUUUUCACUUUGGUCAUGCUCGUUCUCUUGAACAAGCCAAAAAAUCGUUUCCAAAUACUUAUUUGCUUGUUGGAUGUUGCAAUGAUGAAGUCACUCACAGACUGAAGGGUAAAACAGUCAUGACUGAUAAGGAACGUUAUGAAUCUCUCCGUCACUGCAAGUGGGUUGAUGAAGUUAUCCCAGAUGCACCAUGGGUACUUACACAAGAAUUUAUGGAUAAACAUAAGAUUGAUUAUGUGGCUCACGAUUCUCUCCCUUAUGCCGAUGCAAGCGGUGCCGUAAAUGAUGUCUAUGACUUUGUGAAGUCAAUUGGAAGAUUUAAGGAGACAAAACGGACAGAUGGGAUCUCAACAUCAGAUAUUAUUAUGAGAAUCAUCAAGGACUACAAUGAGUAUGUGAUGCGCAACCUGGAUCGAGGGUACUCAAGAAAAGAGCUUGGUGUUAGCUACGUGAAAGAAAAGAGGUUGAGAGUGAACAUGGGUUUAAAGAAGUUGCGUGAAAAAGUGAAGAAGCAUCAAGAAAAGGUGGAGGAAAAGAUCCAAAUAGUGGCGAAAACUGCUGGUAUGAAUCAUAACCUUUGGGUGGAGAAUGCUGAUCGUUUGGUUGCUGGUUUCCUUGAAAUGUUUGAAGAACGUUGCCACAAAAUGGGAACAGCCAUUAGAGACAGAAUACAAGAACAGUUAAAGGCAAACGCCAAUAGGAGGGGUAUUGCUUAUGACAAAAACGGAAAUGUAGAGGAAGAUGAAGAUGAUGAAUAUUAUUACGAUUAUAGUACUGAUGAAGAAGAAUACUCGAGUGGAUCAGAAGCAGUAGCAUGAGCAUUAUAAAAGUUUGCCAAAACUGUGGGUGAGCAAUGUUAGUUGUGAUAAAAAUCGGUAGUUUUACUGUAUGAUAAAAUUACGAUCCGUUUUCGUUUUAUCUGAUGUAUGAAAUGGAAGGAUCUCAAAUUUAAGCAGAAUUUGUGUUUCGAAGUAGUAUCUUAGACAUGUUUCGCACA